AUGACACCAGUACAUUUUAGCUUUAGCUCAGCAUUCAUCUUAGGACUAAUGGGAUUAGCAUUCCAUCGCACCCAUUUACUCUCCGCACUUCUCUGCUUGGAGGGAAUAAUACUAUCCCUAUUUAUUGCAUUAGCCCUAUGGGCUUUACAGUUUGAAUCAACAAGCUUCUCCGCAGCCCCAAUAUUGUUACUAGCUUUCUCCGCCUGCGAAGCAAGUACGGGCCUCGCACUCCUAGUAGCCACAGCCCGAACCCACGGAACCGACCGCCUACAAAACCUUAAUCUCCUGCAAUGUUAA